AUGGAUGUGACUAAAAUAGAGAAAACGAAGUUUCUAGCACCAGAUGUAGCUAUAAGUGCAGUUCUAUCACCAAGCCAAGAAUUACCAGCGGAGACUCCUACAGUUUGCGGCUAUGACUGGGAAAAUGGUACAGAUUACAACAAGAUUCUUGAAAGCUAUGCCCGUUCUGGGUUUCAGGCUACAAAUUUUGGAAAAGCAGUCACAGAAAUUAAUAAAAUGUUGAAGUGUAGGUCUAUACCAUUGACUGAUGAAAACCGUGAUCCCUAUGAAGAAGAUGUAUUUAUUAAAAAGACAACUAAUUGCACCAUUUUCUUAGGAUAUACAUCUAAUAUGAUUUCCUCUGGCUUACGAGAUACCAUAAGAUUUCUGGUUAAAAAUAAACUUGUAGAUUGUAUUGUGACAACAGCUGGAGGUGUUGAAGAAGAUUUUAUUAAAUGCCUUGCUCCUACAUUUAUAGGAGACUUUAAUUUAAGUGGUAAAACACUGCGCACCCGAGGUAUUAACAGGAUUGGAAAUCUCUUAGUCCCAAAUGAUAAUUAUUGCCUAUUUGAGGAGUGGGUUACACCAUUGCUCAAUGAAAUGGUUGAUGAACAGAUUCAAGAAGGAGUAAUUUGGACUCCAUCGAGAGUAAUCGCUAGAUUAGGAGAAAGAAUUAAUGAUGAAAGUUCAGUCUGUUACUGGGCUUGGAAAAAUAACAUUCCUAUCUUUAGCCCAGCAUUAACAGAUGGCUCUUUAGGAGACAUGAUGUAUUUUCAUUCAUAUAAAAAACCAGGAUUAGUUGUUGAUAUACUUGGAGACCUUCGGAGACUUAAUACAAUGGCUGUUAAGGCAAACAAUACUGGUGUAAUUAUUCUAGGUGGAGGUGUAGUUAAGCACCACAUUUGUAAUGCAAAUCUAAUGAGAAAUGGAGCUGAUUUUGCAGUGUAUGUUAACACUGCUAGUGAAUUUGAUGGAAGUGAUUCUGGGGCGAGGCCAGAUGAAGCAGUGUCUUGGGGAAAAAUAAGACCAAAUGCAACUCCUGUUAAAUUAUAUGCAGAUGCGACAUUAGUGUUUCCAUUAAUUGUUGCUCAGACAUUUGCUAAACAUCAUUUUAGUAAUAAAAAAAAUGUGUAA